UUUUUAUAUUUGUUUAAAGAAGGAGAACAAUACUAAUUUGUAGAUACUGUCAACUGUCAAAUGUCCGGUCUUUCAAUUUCGUGAUAGCCGAUUCGUACUAUCUUUAAAAAUGGUGAACGUACCAAAACAACGUAGGACCUACUGCAAAAAAUGCAAAGUACACAAGGUACACAAGGUAUCACAGUACAAAAAAUCUAAGGAAAGGCAUGCUGCUCAAGGUAGAAGACGUUACGACCGUAAACAGCAAGGGUAUGGUGGUCAGUCAAAACCCAUCUUCAAAAAGAAGGCUAAGACUACCAAGAAAAUUGUGCUUCGAUUGGAAUGCGCUGACUGCAAAGUAAGGUCCCAAGUAGCACUCAAGCGUUGCAAACACUUCGAGCUUGGAGGAGACAAGAAGAGGAAGGGACAGAUGAUCCAAUUUUAAGCUGAAAUAAAAAUAAGAU